AUGAAUGUGCAUGUGGGUCUUCGUGAGUGCAUUAUUGCAGGCUUGACGGUUUUGAUUGCCCGAUUGGCAUUGCAAGCAUGCAUCGCAUCCCGGCUGGACGCGCAGUUUGCCCCGAAGAGCGACUAUGGACUUGUGUCAGCGCACUGUUUCAACUCUACCUUGACUGCCACCGGUUUAGACAUUAUAUUUGUGCAUGGUCUGGGGUCAAACCCGGAUACUACCUGGCACAGGCUGGUCGAAAGCAAAUCCCAGGAUGACUCCGGAGGCCCCUCCCUGAAGAGAAGAUAUGUUAACUGGGUUACCGACUUCUUCUGUGAGGAUCUGCCGGCACACGUUCAAAAGAACACUCGCGUGUUUUUCUACAACUACGAAGAUGCCAUUCAGGAGCGGCGCACCCGACUCGGGCAGGAGCUGUUUCAAGAAGUUAGCUCCUUAGCAGUAAAGCAGACACCCGAGAGGCACUUUAUUUUAGUUGGGCAUAGUUAUGGUGGGCUAGUAAUAAAGGAAGCCAUAAUACAAGCCCGGCUAUUCCAUUCCCAUCGCGCCGUGAAUAUCUUCCAGCAGAUCAAGGCUGCUGUUUUUCUAGGGACCCCACAUCGUGGUUCUGCUUCUGCAUUGCAAGGUGCCAGGGUAGCUCACCUCUUUCGCCUAUUUGGCCUAGGAACAUCCCCCGAGAUUAUGGAGGCUAUCCGUUACGAUUCUGUGGAGUUGCAGGAUAUGCACCGGCGAUUUGAAGCGAUAUCUAAUCAUCUAAAGAUUGUCAACUUUUUCGAGAAGCGAGAAACAGCUAGGGCAUCCUGCUGGGGAUUUUGUAGCGGUUUGGUGGUCAAGGAGCAGUCUGCCACCAUGGAUCGCCCCAGCGCAGAAAUAAUAGGGCUGAACACAGACCAUUGGGGCCUGAAUAAGUUUGGAGAGAGAAACUCCAAUUAUAAGAGGUUACGGAACAAGCUCAUCGAGCUGAUGGAGGCAACCAUCAGUGAUGCGUGGAUGGCACACUCAGUAUAUUCAGUACCAGAGAGUACCGACAGUAUAUACACAAGAAGGAGUGAUCUCUCGAAUGCGCUGGAAGCAAAACUGGGUAAGGAAUUGGAGGGGUCAACUAAAAUAAGGCACCCGGUAGCUAUAGAUGGGAUGUGGGGUGCUGGGAAGACACAGUUCGCCCUUCGAUACGCAGAAGCUCAUCGGCUUCAAUAUGAUACCAGCCUCUGGAUUGAUGCGGGGAGCGCUGCAACAGUCAAAGCAAGUGUUUACCAUUGUGCUCGAGAUCUCAGGCUUUCGGUCGAGCCAGAUAGGACGAAACCGGGCCAUCAAGCGUCGCUCAAGGAUAACCCGGCAGUUCAUAUUGUCCUAGGCUGGCUCCAGAAUCAGAAUCAACCCCACGAUGAAUGGCUGGUAGUUCUGGACAACGCAGAUGACCUCGAUGGAGGAGUACGAGAUGUUGUUUCGUCUGGGGUGCGUGGAAGUGUCAUUCUUACCAGUCUUGGCAAGGAAUGCGUUGAGAUACUCUACCCCGGAGCCCAGCAGCUACAGGGAGAUAUCAUGACGCCGCCAGAGUCAUCCUCUCUGUUAUUGCGGUACCGGAACCUAAAUAUAACAGAGGUAUCACGAGACGUCUGA